AUGUCCCUCCAAGACAAGAUCGCCAUCGUAACCGGCGCCUCACGUGGCAUUGGUGCUGCUAUCGCCAAAGCCUAUGCCAAGGCGGGUGCACAUGUCGCAAUCGUCUACACAUCUCCCUUAAGCACUGAAUCAGCCGAGAGUGUGAAGAAAGAAAUUGAACAGUUGGGUCGCAAAGCCAUUCUGAUCCAAACGGACCUGGGCAAUACGGACUGCGGCGAGGUUGUCUUGUUAAAAACCUUGCAAGGCUUCAACACUGAGAUAAUCGACAUUCUGGUCUCUAAUGCCGGCAUCUACAAGGAGAAUCACACUCUGGAGUUUGACCCAGGGUUGUUUGAUAGAACGAUGGCAAUUAAUGUCCGAGCUCCGGCGUUGCUAGUCAAAUCAAUUGCUCCGAAAAUGCCGAAAGGAGGCCGCAUCGUUGUAAUUUCUUCAAUGGCAGCCACCUGGGCCAGUCCCACUAUGGAUAUCUACAGUGCCAGUAAGGCUGCGGUCAAUGCAAUGCUCAAGUGCUGGGCUGUCUCCUUGGGCAAAUCACAUGGUAUCACCGCGAACGCCAUCAACCCUGGCUUCUUCCCCACCGAUAUCAACUCGCACUUCUCGGAAGAGCUACUUGAGAAGUUCAAGAACAUGCAAGCUAUUGGCCAUCGUCUAGCUCACACAGAUGACUUGACUGGCUUGGCGGUCUUCCUGGCCAGUGAACAGUCUAGGUGGAUCACCGGGGAGACAAUCGAAUGCUCUGGAGGUUCUUCGCUAGGAUGA